GCCUUGCUGGACCUCCUCACUCCCUCGUCGUCCUCGUCCGCGCUUUCGGACGGCGGCGCCUGCGUCCGUCUGCGCGCGGACGCGCACGCGGCGCGGGACGCUUGGCGGCGGGCGGCCGUGCGGCUGGGUGUGACCGACAGCGACGUGGACGUGGUAG